CCAUGGCCUCUUGUGGCAGCGUACUGGGCCUCCUCGGCCUGUUCGGUUUCGUGCAACUAACCCAGCAGCACUGCUACACGAUGAAGCUGGUAGGCAUCUCCACCUGGGACACGCCCGCCUACGGCCUGAAGAUGAACAUGUUCCUGAAGAACAACUCCAUGUCCUCGGUGACGACGGUGCACCAGGAGGUGCCCAUCCCGCUGUGGCACCUCGUCCUCCUCCAGCACCCACGGAAGCGGGGCGGCGGCGCCGCCUCCUCGCGGGUGGAGCUGCCCCGGAUCCUCUACAACUCGACGACAAAGACCUGCGACUUCUGGAAGUACAUCCGCCACGUCUCCGCCUGGAACAACGUCGCCAAGCUGAUGCUCUCGAAGAACGCCAGCAACAUGAGCCUGGCGUGUCCCCUCAAGGCCGGCGUCUACGUGAUGAACCGCAUCCAGGUGCCGCCGGACACGGCGCUUCUGAAGUUCAUGUACCACCCGAACACCAUCUACACCCUGGAGGGCACCGUCUACUCCCUCAACCCCAAGGACAAGGUCUCCAAGAAGGCCCUCUGCCACUACGAGGUGAACGCCACGAUCUUCAAGUCCUGCUGA